AUGCAUCUCAAGUCUUACGUCACCGCUGCCCUUUAUGGACUGCCUGUUCUGACAUCCGCUGCGCCAUCGGCUUCUUCCUCGCAGGCUGCAGCUCCUUCGUCGUCGGCUAGCUCAGAUACUGACCACUUCAAAACUUACACCAUCAAGGCGGAAAAUAUCACCGCCAAGCUGAUUCCGUAUGGUGCGCGUCUCACCUCCUUGCUAGUCCCAGAUCGCGACGGCAAGGUGCAAGAUGUGGUCGUCGGAUAUGAUGACCCAAAAGAGUACCUGCAUGACAGUGAAACCAAUCGCACUUUCUUCGGUGCGGUUGUCGGUCGCUAUGCCAAUCGCAUUAAGAACGGCACUUUCACCGUUGAUGGGAACACCUACCACGUUCCUGAGAAUGAGAACGGUGGUAAGGACACUCUCCACGGUGGCUUCAUCGGCUAUGAUAUGCGCAACUGGACUGUGACUGCGCAUAGCGACUCCGCUAUCACUUUCAGCUUGCUUGACCAAGCCUUUGAGGACUUCCCCGGCGAUGUUGUCACCCAUGCUACUUUCAGUGUGUCUACCAAGAAGAGCCCUGGGAACCCCAAGGGCCUUCCCCAAUUGACUUCCAAGAUCGUGGCGCUCUCUCUCACGGAGAAAACCCCAAUCAUGAUGGCUAAUCACAUCUACUGGAACUUGAACGCGUUUAAGGAAUCCACUGUGCUCAACGAUACAACCCUGCAGCUGCCCCUCUCCCAAAGAUACAUUGGAGGCGACAGCAUUCUCAUUCCAAAUGGCACCAUCUUGGACGUCGAUAACACCUUCUCGGGCGCUUUGGACUUCACCAGUCCCAAGCUCAUCGGCGAAGACAUUAAGAAGACCACCGGCCUGUGCGGCGGCGGCUGCACUGGUUACGACACCUGCUUCCUCGUUGAUCGCCCAUCUACUAAUUCCGCCGACUCAAUGACCACCGCCCUCCGUGCAUCAUCCAGCACCACGGGCAUCACCCUCGAGGUCGCAACCAACCAGGCCGCCCUCCAGAUCUACACUUGCAAUGGACAGAACGGCAGCAUCGCGACCAAGGAGUCGCAGGCCAAGCGCAACAAGGCGAACGGCGGUGACGCCGGUGCUACCCACGUCAACAAGUACGGUUGCUUUGUCAUUGAGACCGAGGACUGGAUUGAUGGCAUCAAUAAUCCCGAAUGGGGCCGUCGUGAUUAUCAGGUCUUUGGCCCCGAUGAUGGCCCUGCUGUCAAUAUCGCCACAUAUCAGUUCGGCAAUCUUUAG